UCAAAAAUGAAAAAACUGAACAUUUCAGACAAAGCUUAAAAUAUUUAGAUAGCCACAAGGGGGUGAUAUCAGACUUGACAAAUAAUUCAGCAACUCCUUUGGAUAUUAAUUUACAAUAAAUGAAAAAAGUAUGCUGGUAACGUUAGAAAUUAGUGUAUGGGAACAAUGAAGUUGAUCCCCACAAUGGUCAGUUGUGGGGUUUUGAAUCAAUUUCCUUCCCUAAUGUUCCCUUGUUUGGGCAGAAUAUUAAAGUAUUUAAAUGGUUUUGUCGAAUGAAAUAUUAGCAACACAGGCAGAAUGAAUCAAACAAAACUUAGUUUGCAUUUUCAAGCUCAGAAUUUAGAUAAACACACGCAUGUAACAUUGAGGCAUGACACAUAUGGCAUUUUAUCCUAACAGAGGAACAAAAAAUGAAUGCAUAAAAAAACCCUGAAAAUUCUUUAUGAGUUUUAGAAAAUAACAGUUUCAUACAAUAACUACAUUCAGUUUAACAGAAUCAAAAUUUGAACAAAUCCAGCCACAUUUGACGGUUUCUUUGGCCACAUUUCAGUAGGGGGUCUUUCUCCUGACGCCCCAGACAGACGGUCAGAGGCGGACAGGCGGCAUUAGCUGAAUGAAGGCGACGGGAGGAAGUGGCUGUUAAUGCAGCUCCACACCUUUCCGGUGUAGCAGCACUGCGACCAGCUACACUAAAAGGAGGAAGACGGCAGCCGAGUGAAUGUAUUCCUGUCCGGAGGGGGACAGAAAAAAGGGCGCCCAGAGUUGUAGGUGUGGGUAUUGGCGCCGGUGAGUCGUCGGUAGCAUUCCCCCUUAAGUCGUCCCUUACACCACGGCGAGGUCGCCCGGAGCGACGCUCAGAGGCUGCAGAGGGCUGCUCUUUCUGCUCGGGCAGCAGCCGGUGAGGAGGACCGCCACACGCCAGCACCGGCAGGGUCUCGUUGACGGAUGGUGGCUCUUUCAGGGGGGGGGGGGGGAUCCUGCACACGCUCUCCGCUGCUUGACACCUCUCACAGAGCUUUGCGUUUAGCUCAGCUGAACAAUGAACGUCCAGCCACCACUGCUGCCAAGUUCUUAGUCCGACUGUGUCAUGUUGUGUGUAAACCCUGAGAACAUCGUGAUACGCUAAAAAAAAAAAAAAUAUAACAUUAAAUUCCCCAGCCCCCAGCACUCUGAAGGAUCCUGACAGACUUUUAAGUGCCCCCCCCCUCCCACUCCUCAAUCCUGAUUGUCAGCUGCAAACAUGUGUGCACAUUUUUGACCUUUCCCCUAAGUCAUGCUGACAUCACUAAGCCUUCAUUAAAACCGGUGCUGCUUUGUUAGAAAAAUCCAGAACAGUACUUGAAACUUUUCCUCUAGAAAACAAAAGUAUUUAUGCACAAGAGUUCAAGAUGGGGAAGAUGCUCUCGAAAAUCUUUGGCAACAAGGAGAUGAGAAUAUUGAUGCUCGGACUCGAUGCUGCUGGGAAAACAACAAUCCUUUACAAACUCAAGCUGGGACAGUCUGUGACCACAAUCCCCACAGUGGGCUUCAAUGUAGAAACGGUCACGUACAAAAACGUCAAGUUCAACGUGUGGGAUGUUGGAGGCCAGGACAAGAUUCGUCCUCUGUGGCGGCACUACUACACGGGCACCCAGGGCUUAAUUUUCGUGGUGGAUUGUGCGGACAGGGAUCGCAUUGACGAGGCUAGGCAGGAACUUCACCGCAUCAUCAAUGACCGGGAGAUGAGGGACGCCAUCAUCUUGAUUUUUGCCAAUAAGCAAGACCUUCCCGACGCCAUGAAGCCGCAUGAAAUCCAAGAGAAGCUGGGGUUGACGCGCAUCAGAGAUAGGAAUUGGUACGUUCAGCCCUCCUGUGCCACCACAGGUGACGGACUGUAUGAGGGCCUGACGUGGCUAACCUCAAAUUACAAAUCUUAAUGAAUGAGUGCUGACUGUUUUAGGUCAAAUCACAGCAAAGUUGCAAGUAACAAAUAACUUCUCCAAAUGAGUAUGGUUAAGAAAAGUUGAUUAUCCCCCAUUUAUUUUUACUACCACCUUUACCCCAUGACUAAUUUAUCUUAACUGGGUUUGCUGGCUUCAAGUUUGCUUGUGCUCUGUAGCAGGCUUAUAUCUCUUUCCUUGUUGGGGUUUGCUUCAAUUGUUGAAUCGAUUGGUCCCAAAGCUGAAGCCACAGAGAUCACCACCUUUGCCUAUUCUUUUUGCUGUUUUAUAUAGUUUUUCUAAUGAAGUUUUUAUCUUCAUUCUUGGACUAAAGCUUGUUUGAAGGUUCUUUAGUCUGUUGCAUUGAACUUAAUCUUUUUUUUUUCCCAUUUGAAGAUGAGCUCUUUUGUCAUGUCUUGAAGGACUUUGACAUGUGUGUCAGCACAGUACUGUGACGAAAAGUAUUCUUCUCAUUGGUGUGAGAAAACGGGGAUAAGAAUGCAAAUAUAAAAAAAAAGAAUUGCUUACGUUCAUUGUCAUCAGAGGGGGAAAAAAGAUAUUUUCAACACAUUUUGCCCCCUCCAAUACCCGUAUGUGGGCUAUAUACUUACAUGAUUGACAUUUUGUGUCACGUCUAUCUAAUUGUGCUGAGUAUUCGACAAAUAGGCCUCCGGUAACUCUGAAAUGCGCUUGUCAGGAUGCAUUUUAAUUUUGGAUAACACGUAGCCAGUUGACACAAUCUUGCAAAAGGAAUGUCAUUCAGCUAUGAGCUCAAUCCGAUACCACAGUUGAUUAGUCUCAGUAUUGGGACAUUAUAUGAUAGCCUAUAUCUGUAGCAUGAGUACGUAAGUACAUUAACCCUCCACCAGAGUCCAUCUGUCAUGCAGUCAGAGGGAGCUGUGCACUGACCAGAUGUUUCAGGACACCCUGUGGUUCAGCUCUUACUCCUCUUUUGACUGGGGGAACUAUGUACAGAACAAUGUCAUUGUAAUGUCUUAUUAAAAAAGUGAUUUUAAGUCUCAUGUGUCUGUUUCUUUUUUGUUGUUUCAAGCGGCCUAUGAAAGACGGGAACUUGGUAUCCAAGGCGAUGAUUACAGUGUCGAUUAAAAUGAUUCUCACAAACAAAAGUAGACGUCUGAAGUUUUCCAAGUGCUCUCUUGGUUUUGCUGCUAUUUGGCAG